UCUGCGUCUCGUGGCGUUCCGCUCUCCUGGUCAGGAGCUGGGAGCUCGGCGGCCUGCCUGCAGCUUGUGGUCGUGCUGCGUGGUGAGCUUCAUUUGUUUGUUUAACCUCAGCGAUGCACUGAGUUGAACAGAGGAGGCUGUUUUGAGUCAGCCUGCUGCAUGAGCUCAUGUUUGAGCAAAUGCUGGCAUCAUUUUGGGGCUCUUACGGCAUUGAAAGCACCGGGGUGGAAUUCCUGCCCAGAGCUGCAAAGAAUCGAGGGCUGGGGAUUGAGCUGCGCCUGUCUGGGUUUGGAGGGAAGGCAGAUAGAAGACCGGCUGUUUGCUGAGCUGGGCGUCCCUCUCGGUGCUGAUGGCUCUGCAGGACCUGCAGGUGCCUUCCAGCCAGACAACGAAAUCUCUUCAGACUGCAACCACCUCCUGUGGAACUACAAGCUGAACCUGACUACAGAUCCCAAGUUCGAGUCCGUGGCCAGAGAAGUCUGCAAGUCCACCAUCGCAGAGAUCAAGGAGUGCGCGGACGAACCCGUUGGCAAAGGCUUCUUGGUGUCAUGUCUGGUGGAUCACAGAGGCAACAUCACGGAGUACCAGUGCCAUCAGUACAUCACGAAGAUGACGGCCAUUAUCUUCAGCGAUUACCGGCUGAUCUGCGGCUUCAUGGAUGACUGCAAGGCUGACAUCAAUCUCCUGAAAUGCGGCAGCAUUCGACCCGGAGAAAAGGACGCCCACUCCCAAGGCGAGGUGGUGGCAUGCCUGGAAAAAGGCCUGGUUAAAGAGGCGGAGGAGAACGAUCCUCGGGUUCAGGUUUCUGAUCAGUGUAAGAAGGCGAUUCUUCGCGUAGCGGAGCUCUCUUCGGAUGAUUUCCACUUGGACCGCCACCUCUACUUUGCUUGCCGAGACGACAGGGAGCGGUUUUGUGAGAAUACUCAGGCUGGGGAAGGCCGAGUUUACAAGUGCCUCUUUAAUCACAAGUUUGAAGAAUCAAUGAGUGAGAAGUGCCGUGACGCGCUGACAACCCGCCAGAAGCUGAUUGCCCAGGACUACAAAGUCAGCUACUCGCUGGCCAAGUCCUGUAAGAGCGACCUGAAGAAGUAUCGCUGCAACGUGGAGAACCUGCCGCGCUCCCGGGAAGCCAGGCUCUCCUACCUGCUGAUGUGCCUGGAGUCUGCUGUGCACAGAGGUCGGCAAGUGAGCAGCGAGUGCCAGGGGGAGAUGCUGGAUUACCGGCGCAUGCUCAUGGAGGACUUCUCCCUGAGCCCAGAAAUCAUCCUGAGCUGCCGCGGGGAGAUCGAGCACCACUGCUCCGGGCUGCACCGCAAGGGCCGCACCCUGCACUGCCUGAUGAAAGUCGUGCGCGGAGAGAAGGGCAACGUGGGGCUGAACUGUCAGCAGGCGCUCCAAACGCUGAUUCAGGAGACGGACCCCGGUGCAGAUUACCGCAUCGACCGAGCCCUGAACGAGGCCUGCGAGUCCGUCAUACAGACCGCCUGCAAGCACAUACGGUCCGGGGAUCCCAUGAUUCUGUCCUGCCUGAUGGAGCAUCUGUACACGGAAAAGAUGGUAGAGGACUGUGAGCAUAGGCUCCUGGAGCUCCAGUAUUUCAUAUCUCGUGACUGGAAGUUGGACGUGGUCCUCUACCGGAAGUGCCAGGGCGAUGCCUCCCGCCUCUGCCAUACCCACGGCUGGAACGAGACCAGCGAGCUGAUGCCCCCGGGGGCUGUGUUCUCCUGCUUGUACAGGCAUGCCUACCGCACAGAGGAGCAAGGGCGGAGGCUAUCGCGGGAGUGCAGAGCAGAGGUGCAGCGGAUCCUCCACCAGCGUGCCAUGGAUGUGAAGCUGGACCCGGCCCUGCAGGACAAGUGCAUGAUCGACCUGGGGAAGUGGUGCAGUGAAAAAACAGAGACGGGGCAGGAACUGGAAUGUCUUCAGGACCACCUUGAUGACUUGGUGUCUGAUUGCAGAGACAUAGUGGGAAAUCUGACUGAGCUGGAGUCUGAGGACAUUCAAAUUGAAGCCUUGCUGAUGAGAGCGUGUGAGCCCAUUAUCCAGACGUUCUGUCACGAGGUUGCUGAUAACCAGAUUGAUUCUGGGGACCUGAUGGAGUGCCUGAUACAGAACAAACACCAGAAGGAAAUGAACGAAAAGUGUGCCAUUGGAGUUACUCACUUCCAGCUGGUUCAAAUGAAAGACUUCAGGUUCUCCUACAAGUUCAAAAUGGCUUGCAAGGAGGAUGUGCUGAAACUUUGCCCCAACAUCAAAAAAAAGGUGGAUGUAGUGAUCUGUCUGAGCACAACGGUGCGCAAUGACACUUUGCAGGACGCCAAGGAGCACAGGGUAUCUCUGAAGUGCCGCAAGCAGCUGCGCGUGGAGGAGCUGGAAAUGACUGAGGAUAUCAGACUGGAACCAGAACUCUACGAGGCUUGUAAAAGUGACAUCAAGAAUUACUGCCAAAACGUUCCCUAUGGCAAUGCUCAGAUCAUAGAAUGCCUGAAAGAAAUCAAGAAGCAGUUGAGUACCCGGUGCCACCAGAAGGUGUUCAAGCUGCAGGAGACAGAGAUGAUGGAUCCAGAACUGGACUACACGCUGAUGAGAGUCUGCAAGCAGAUGAUCAAGCGUUUUUGUCCAGAAGCAGACUCAAAAAAUAUGCUGCAGUGUUUGAAACAGAACAAGAACAGUGAAGUGAUGGACCCUAAGUGCAAGCAGAUGAUAACCAAGCGCCAGAUCACACAGAACACAGAUUACCGCUUAAAUCCGGUACUGAGGAAGGCCUGCAAAGCAGACAUACCGAAAUUCUGCCAGAAUAUCCUGAAUCGAGCUAAGGAUGAUACAGAGCUGGAGGGACAGGUCAUCUCCUGCCUGAAGCUGAAGUACGCAGACCAGCGUCUCUCUCCAGACUGCGAGGACCAAAUUCGAGUGAUAAUCCAGGAAUCAGCUCUUGAUUAUCGACUGGAUCCCCAGCUUCAGAUGCACUGUUCUGAAGAGAUUUCCAGCUUGUGUGCUGAAGAAGCGGCAGCUCAGGAGCAGACUGGGCAGGUGGAAGAAUGCCUGAAAGUGAACCUACUGAAAAUAAAAACCGAAAUGUGCAAGAAGGAAGUGCUCAACAUGCUGAAGGAAAGCAAGGCAGAUAUCUUUGUGGACCCAGUGCUGCACACAGCCUGUGCCCUGGACAUUAAACACCACUGUGCUGCUAUUCCUCCAGGGAGAGGACGCCAAAUGUCGUGCUUAAUGGAAGCUUUGGAAGACAAGCGUGUGAGGUUGCAGCCUGAAUGCAAGAAGCGCCUUAACGAUCGUAUUGAAAUGUGGAGCUAUGCUGCAAAGGUUGCCCCAGCGGAAGGCUUCUCUGACCUUGCCAUGCAAGUUAUGACCUCUCCGUCCAAGAAUUACAUAUUGUCUGUGAUCACGGUCGGCAUCUGUGUACUCUUCCUGAUCGGCCUGAUGUGUGGACGCAUCACCAAGCGGGUGACAAGAGAGCUCAAGGACAGGUAGAGCCUGCAUUGCCUGCUGAAGAAAUGCCUGCCCAGUGCCCAGUUUUGUACAGCCCUCCUCUGUAUAGUCUACCCACCCCCUCUUGUGAGAGGAGAAUAAAAAAGAAAAAAAAAAAAAUUAGAACAGCAGCAGGUGUUGGCUCAGUUUUCCCAUCCUGGAUCUCAUCCACAGCAUCUUCAUCCUAUGAAAGUUUAUGUGCAACAUUGGCAGCCCAGCCAGCAGCUUUUGUUAUCCCUUUGUUAGCAGACUCUCGUUUACCUGCCUGUAGACAAGUCUCUGUUGUACUGUUGGAACUGCCUUCACUCUCCAGAUCAGACUGAUACGACCUGCAGCUCAAGCAGUUUUUAAGUAAAUUUUUAAAGGAAGACAUAUUAUCUGCGUACCAACUAUAUGAUUUAGGUAACGGUUCGUACUGAAAUAUAAUCCUCCUCUGUGGCUGGGUGAAAUUGAGGCAGGAAAGUAAAGGGUAAAUUGCAUCUCACACCACAGUUGGCCUUGUUUUGGACAUCUUGCUCAUCUUGUGUAAAGCAUCUUCAGAGCGUAGUCUGGGACAACCUAAGGACGCCAGCCCUGGUGUCCUCUCCUAGUGAAUAUCCUGCUUUUGUUGCUGUGGAUUUUUUUGGCUGAAAAGAUGUCCUCCCUUUCUUCCUCUGCCGCUCGCAAGAUAGAAUAAAGUACCGACCAGGAUUAAGUACUCACGUGAGCUGUACAACUUCAGUAGAUUAAAGACACGGUGUGGACACGAGGCUGUAGAGCCUGUCAGUAGUGUGCAGUGCUGCUGUCAGCGGGCAGGAGGUGCCCGGAUCGGUUACUUGGUCAAUGUUCUUAUUAGUGACGAUGCGGUGACAUUUGAACACUCCUUUUCUGCUGCUAAGCUGUUACCCUUCCCCACUGACUUCCUACAGGUGGUAUCGACACCCUGGCAAUACAGUGCUUUGUCAGUGAUGCAGAAUGCAGCUGAAUGCACGACGUACCCGCUCUGUCAGUUACGUGUGGGCUAGCACAGUAGUUUGGUUUGUAACUGGCCUCCAUCUUUUGAGUUGUAGCACUGUUUUUAGUUUUGUCACAGCUACGGUCGAUAGGGAUAGCAGCUGGUGUUCCCUGGGAUGCAGGGUGCAGGUGCUGGUCCUGCAAGUCCAGGAAGGGAAGAGAAUGGUAUUGCGUGAAAGGCAGAAGUGUCAGCACAUGCACGUCGGUGCUCGGGAAAGAAGGUGUUCUGGAAAAGCUGCACCCGUUGUGGCCGUCAUCUUUGUUUCUCAAGUGCUAGAGGUAGAAGUGGGAAGCCACGUGCUGCGGUGUCAGAACCUGAGGAGAUAGGUUUCCCCACCAAUCUCAGCCUAGAAGUGACUGCACGAGAGCCAGCGUGUACAGUAGGAUGUAUUUUGUCAGCCUUCUCGAUGUGCUCACCUGUGUGUGCUGCAGUAAAAAUCAUGUGCCUGACCCUGUCCAGCUUAGGCUGAUGCUUGAACCGUGACUUUAUUUUCCCUCUUAGCGUGCUGCUAGGUAAGAUCUGACAUUUCCAGGUCUCUGCCUUAUUCUCUAGAGUAACGAGAGAGACGGCUUUGAGGCAUCCUGGAACGUGGACCAGCAGAUUCCCAUGAUGCUGCAUGUACAGAAUGGCAGAUGCAAAAUACUGCAAUGGCUUUUGCUGCCUCUGAAGUGCUAGAAAGCUGUACCAUGUGAAAGCCUUGUGCAAACGUUCCUUCAUCCCGCUCUGAGGAUGGACAGCAAGUGGCUGGUGAUGCAGGUGAUCUCUGCCGGCGAGCCCUUCUGUCUCUGAGCAUUCCGAGCACAAGGCAGAUGCUGAAGGAAGUCUGAGCAAUGAAGAUUCAGUAGAGAUCCAGUGCGUGCUGGGUACGAGUGAGGUUGUUAGGUAGGACAGAAAUUAAACCCACAUUUCCUCCCCCCCUUUUCCCCGGUGCUGACGGAGCUAAAAUAGCCCUCUGUAAACGUGACCUGGAACAGAGAAGGAACGCUCCAUCACGACUCUUGAGGCAGCACAGGAGUGUAACGCCUCAAAUGUUGAUUUGGCAAUUACAGAUUGUUUCGUGUGACAGCUUGGGAGCUACCAUUACUGCGGCAGAGAUGGGUGUGUUCACAGCUGCAGGGAAGAGAAGGGGAAUCGUGUGCAGUCUUGCUUGCGUGGCGCAAGCCCUGCUUCUUGAGCAUCCAUUGGGCACAAGGAAAUCGCUGUUGGGGCUUUUUUAACCUCUUGUGACUUCUGAAAAGGCAUUUUGUAACCUGGUUAGAUUGAAAAGCCUAAUGAAGACGGUUUAUUGUCUAGAAGUAGCAUCUUCCACUAAAUUCCAAAUGAAUGGCGUUGCGGUGAAAGUCGUAGGUUUGUAGCUAUAGCUCUGAAUGUAAACCAUGUUCCACUGUGAAGGUAACUUCUGUACGUUCUGGGUUGGUUUUUUUUUAUUUUUAUUUUUUUGCUUCGUAACGUGGAGAAGAUUGACUUAGAGGAUGAUCCACGCUUCCUGCGUUCUUGCUGGUUUUGGAGGCGGUGCGCUGAUGUGCUUUGUGACACUUGAGAAUCGUGAGAGCCCGCAGUGCUGGGGGCAGAGGCAGACGCUGACCACAUCUCUGCGUGUUUCCUUCCAGCGUCCUUUGUCGCUAUCAAUUUGUAAAGGUGUGACUCUGGACAGUGGGUUCAGGCCUUUGUAUCAGUAAGCGUUACACUCUGUGUUUUAUCAUCAGGCUUCCUGACGCUGCUGAUGACCAAUUUUCCUUUUUGCUAGAAAUGUACCCGGUCUCAGUCUUGAGAUGUUCUCCUCCUCCUCACCUGUACCUAAAAAUCUAAGAGUUCUCAAAAGCACAGAAACCCCAAAAGUACUCUUCCAAAAAUAACCUGCUUUGCCUGUUGCCAGCACAACACCUUGCCCACGAGUUUUCCAUUGCAGGAUAGGAGACAAAUGGUGGUAAGAACCUCUGCUGCCUCCUUGAAUUCAAGGAAGCCUGUUGUGAUUGGGUGGAAAGUACUUAGAACUAAAAAGCAUCAGUGGGGAUGGCUGCAUUCUGCAGAAUGCCGUGUGAAUCUUUUGUCCUUAUUGCAAAAGCACGUUCAGAGCUUGCUCUUGGUGUGGGGAUGCCCGUGCUGCUAGGAAGGUACAGGCAGGGGAGGUGGCUGGUAACGAGCAAGGUGUGUGGCUCUUUCUAAUUAGCAGGUUGUGUUUCCUGACUGUGCUGGGAGGAUGUGGGCAGCUCCAGCUAGCUUGUUAGCGUUCAUUCUUGCUGACCUUAAGAAAUAACCUUAUUUAUUGCUCGCCUAGUGGGUCUAACCAAGUCCUUUUGCUGAGUUCCAGCACUGUCUCCUCCUGCCUUGCUUCCGCCCUUCAGGCUGUUGCAUGACUGACGUGGCUAGGGAUGGUGUUUCUGGCAUUUGAAGUGAUGCCCAUCUCUGUCUGCCUCGCCGGAGAGGGCUGAGGAAGCCCGAGCAAAAUGCAAAAACCGUUCUGCUCCAAAAGAACCCGCAGGGAGCGUGUGGAAUGGCGGUGACAGAGGGGAUGGGAUAGGGCAGCAGCACUAGGACAGAAGUAUAUCAUGGGGGGAGAAAAGCGGUAGGGCGGAGAUGGCUUGCAUCUGAUGACGUUGUAGAGGAGGAAGCGUGCUCCGGGCGGGAUGGUGGCUUCUGUUCAAACGCAGCUCCAUGUUUUGUUGGCGGUGCUGCAGGGGUGACGCAGACACACACAGCAGACACCCAUGGUUGUGCGGGGCCGGCAGCCCUCCCCAGCAGUGUGAAACACACCCAGCGACCUCUCCUUGUGCAGCCGAGGCUGUUUGAACUUAAGUCUUUUUUUUCUUUUUUUUAAAUGUGACAUUAACAAGACUUUUUUUUUUCUCUUUUUGUAAAUUGUUUUCCUUUCUGUGUAUAAAAUCCUGGCCGUUUCUCGUUUGUUUUUUUUUUUUUUUUACAUGUUCAUGCUGUGUAAUUUUGAGAUGUUACUGAGAUUCUGAACAUAAUGUGCAUUUUUUUUUUCUGUACAGAUGAAAUGGGAGAAUUUAAUAAAAAGAGUCUGCAGGUUUUUA